GUUCAAAACAUAACAUUUUUUUAUGUUUUAAAAUUUUAGAGUGGAACAUCUCUAAACGCCGUUUUAAUUUUCUGCAAAAUGCAACAAAGGGCGCGUUCGUCAUGGCGCCUCAUACUUACAUUCAUGGCAUUGGAAAUGCUGCUUUGGAGAGAGGUUCGCGCACAAAUACGAUAUUCUCUUUCUGAGGAGCAGAAAGAAGGAUCAGUGGUCGGAAACCUUGCGAAGGAUUUAGGUCUCGAUACCAGAACGUUAAAGGAGAGAGGAUUUCGGAUAGUUUCAACUUCAGGCGACUCGCUGUUCACGGUAAAUGACGGGAUUUUAAGUGUUAAUGGAAAGCUAGAUCGAGAGGAGGUGUGCGAGAGAAGCAGCUCGUGUGUCAUCAGUCUAAAAAUCGCGCUGGAAAACCCUUUGGAAAUUCACUACGUGUCGAUUGAAAUCUUGGACGUCAAUGAUCAUGCUCCGACAUUCUCAGAAAAAGAAAAGCGGUUGGAAAUAUGGGAAUCUGCCCUACCUGGAGCACGAUAUCAGUUACAGGCGGCGCGGGAUCCCGAUGGCGGCAUGAACUCUGUUCAACAAUAUAAACUCAGUCAUAAUGACAAUUUCCGCAUAGAGGUUAAAGAUCGCGGAGAAGAUCGCAAAAUGCCCUUUUUGAUUCUUCAAAAGCCUUUGGAUAGAGAAACAAGCAGUAGACACAAGCUAGUCCUCACUGCGCUUGAUGGAGGGCGACCCCCAAAGUCUGGAACAAUGGAUAUAGUAGUUGACGUUUUAGAUGUUAAUGACAAUAUGCCAGUUUUCACACAAGAACUUUACUCUGUGACGCUUCAAGAAAAUGUCCCUGUAGGCACAACUGUUAUACAGGUUAAUGCUACUGACAUGGAUGAUGGUCCAAAUGGAGAGAUUUUUUAUUCGUUUGGAAAGGAUAUAGAGGAUAGUCUAAAACAACUUUUUGAUUUAAACUCCAGUACUGGAGAAAUGACUGUGAUUGGCCCAAUAGAUUUUGAAGAGAUGAAUAACUUUGAAAUAGAUAUCCAAGCAUCAGACAAAGGACCUGUUCCUCUCACAUCAGAUAAGAGUAUAACCAUAAAAAUCGUUGAUGUAAAUGACAAUGUGCCUGAGAUUGAAGUGACAUCGUUUUCAAGUGUAGUGCCUGAAGACUCUAAAAUUGGAACCACAGUGGCUUUAAUCAGUGUUAGUGAUUUGGACUCUGGUGUAAACGGGAAAGUGUUAUGCUACAUAACUGAAGAAAUACCUUUCAGACUAACGGCAUCAUCCCAAGAUAACAUUUACGCACUGGUUACCGCCUCAUCUCUUGAUAGAGAAACUGUGCCUCACUAUGACAUCACGUUAGUAGCCAAAGAUGCUGGGCAGCCACCUCUGUCUUCAGUUAAAACUAUAACUGUGCAGGUAUUAGAUGUAAAUGACAAUAGUCCAGAAUUUUCUCUUUCACCCUAUGCUUUUUAUGUGAUGGAAAACAAUAUUCCAGGCAAAUCUUUGUUUUCUGUAUCUGCUUCUGAUCAUGAUUUAGAUGAAAAUGCUAUUGUACACUAUAACAUUUGGAGAGACACUGGAGAUGAAAACAAAUAUGUGUCUUUCAUUAAUAUUAACUCAGAAAAUGGGGAGAUUUAUGCGCUUAAGAGCUUUGACUUUGAAACUGUUAAAAUGUUUCAGUUCCAUGUUGUUGCUACAGACUCUGGAACUCCAUCUCUCAGUAGUAACGUGACAGUGAAUGUGUUUAUUCUGGAUCAGAACGACAACGUUCCAGUGAUCUUAUAUCCAGUCAGCGCUAACGGUUCUGCUGAGGGUGUGGAAGAGAUUCCUCGUAAUGUGAAUGCAGGUCAUUUGGUGACUAAAGUCAGAGCCUAUGACGCAGAUAUAGGAUACAACGGCUGGUUAUUAUUUUCACUGCAGGAAGUUAGUGACCACAUUCUCUUUAGUUUGGACCGUUAUACAGGACAGAUAAGGACCCUUCGCUCAUUCACAGAAACAGACGAGGCCCAGCAUAAACUGCUCAUACUGGUCAAAGACAAUGGGAACGUUUCACUCUCAGCAACAGCGACUGUGAUUGUCAAAGUUGUGGAGCCCAAAGAGGCUUUUGCUGCUUCUGAUGUGAAAAACACAGUAAAAGAUGAGGAGGAAAACAACCUGACAUUUUAUUUGAUCAUCACUUUGGGCUCGGUUUCAGUGCUUUUUGUCAUCAGCAUCAUCGUGUUGAUUGUAAUGCAGUGCUCUAAAUCGACAGACUCCAAGUAUUUACAGGAUACAAAUUACGACGGGACUCUGUGUCACAGCAUCCAGUACAGAUCUGGAGACAAACGGUACAUGUUAGUUGGACCCAGAAUGAGUAUCGGCUCUACUAUAGUCCCGGGCAGUAAUGGAAAUACUCUAGUCAUACCUGAUCGCAGGAGGACAGAUUCUGGAGAGAGCACACUCAAGGUAAGACCAUAACAUUUAUUUAUUUAUUUUUAUUUUUUAAGUAGAUAGUAAGAUAGCUAAAGUGGUUUUAAAAGAAUUAGGAUAUGAAGCUCUUGAUAAUGCAUGAGACCAAGUGAGAGAACGAGAGAGACAGAGGGUUGAAUUUAGAAUAGAACUUUCGGAACACUGGGUUCUGUGUCUGUCCACUUGAAAUGUCCCAUAAGCAUUCUUGCUGAUGUCAUUCUGCAGUAUCCCAGCACACACGCCUGCGGCACUACUCUAUCUAUCCAUUCUCUCUCGUUAACCUUUGCAUUGAAAUCUGCAUAUCCCUGUUUACACAUACAAUCCAUCCAUAGAUCCAUAAAACUUAAACCACUGAGGAUAUACAUAAAUUAUAUUUGAGUAAUUAGGUCACAGGCGUAGGGAGCAGGUGCAUUAUAUUUUCUAUGUGAGUUUUGCAGGUAAAUGGAUUAUAGAGAGAAUAGGGGUCAAAUAGGUUUAUCACAACAGCAGGUCACUAGAUUACUACAAUGUGUGUGGGUUUACUUAUAUGUUUAUAUAGUUUGGUGACUAAAUAAAAAUAAAAAUAAAAUAAAGUCAGUAUAUAAUAGUAU